UGUCUGCAGAUGCUCUGAUGGAGUUUAUUACCAAACAAAAAGAAUUGCUGGUUUAGCAGCCAGGAAAGUUGCGGGAGAAAAACUGUUGGAGAAGGUAAUAGUUACAGUAUGACAAAUCCAGCGGGAAGUUUAUCGGAAGGCACAUUGUAUGGAACCCGCCUCGGGAUGACAGAGGACUCCCUCGCCAUCCUGGAGCGAAACAGAGGCUCUGGAGAACCCUGGGACCUGGGGGAGACCAAACCGAGCGUGGAAGCCCUGGAGCGCGGUGUUCCGGGCUUCUACCUGUCUUGCUUUGACAUGCUCCUCACUGAAGACGCCACCUGGCUGGUGAAAGUUUCAGAGGCCUCCCCGACGCUGCUUUCAACCACGACUCGCAUGGAGCCCCAGGAAGAACCAGAGCAGUGCCCCGUCAUUGACAGCCAGGAACAGGGACUCUCUCCUGGGCUGGAGGGCCAGGAGGAGGAGCGGUCUCUGGAGCAGGUGCAGUGCAUGGUGGUGGGAGAAGUGCUGAAGGACAUUGAAACAGCCUGCAAACUGCUCAAUAUCACCCCAGACCCCAUAGAGUGGAACACAGGGAACGUCCAGAAGUGGCUUCUGUGGACUGAACAUCUGUACAGGUUGCCCCAUGCAGGAAAGGCCUUCCAGGAGCUGACAGGAAAGAACCUGUGUGCCAUGAGCGAGGAUGAGUUUCGCCAGCGCUCGCCGCAGUGUGGAGACACACUGCAUGCACACCUGGACAUAUGGAAGUCAGCUGCCUGGAUGAAAGAGAGAUGUUCAGUUGGGGAUACAAAAACUACCGGUGGUGAGGAUCUUUGGUCCGAGGCAGAUUCCUCUUGUUCCGGUCAGCCCAUUCAUCUGUGGCAGUUCCUCAGAGAACUCCUGCUUAAACCUCACAACUAUGGACGCUGUAUCCGCUGGCUCAAUAAAGAAAAAGGUAUUUUUAAAAUCGAAGACUCGGCUCAUGUUGCCAGACUGUGGGGACUCAGAAAGAACCGACCUGCUAUGAACUAUGACAAGCUGAGCCGCUCCAUACGUCAGUACUACAAGAAGGGCAUCAUCCGCAAACCUGACGUGUCUCAGAGACUGGUGUACCAGUUCGUUCACCCAGUAUGAGUCAGCAGCAUGGUGGGAGGACAAAAGAAAGAGGAGAAGGAGAUGGAAACCUACAAACCUACAAGGGAACACUAUCUCACCAUGCACUUGAACACUUAAGCCCGAGAUGAAAAGGUGACAGGAAACACGAGCACUGACCAACCCCAAUGGUACACACUUUCGCUGCCAACACUGAAGCAACAGCUGGCAGCUGGUGCGUGAAGGCUUAUUUGUGCAUGAACCGAGAGGAAGUGACAAAACAAAGUGGCUGUUGUGGCUUUUUUUUUUCCUGCUGCAGAAUAAAACAACCACAGAUUAAAAAAACAGAAACUGCCUUGUCAUUUGCAUGAUCUGCCUGUUUAUUUUCCACAUGGGAUUCUAAAUUAUCCCUUACUUAAUGAAGCAAACAGUUAGAACUGAUUGCUCUUUUGUCCACAGCUACAUUUGUUUUGUCUUUUUUGUUUCACUCAUCUUGACCACUGUCUCUGUUUUCCUGCCGCCGUUGGUUACGAUUGUUUUGCUUCUUUUUGGGGUUUGGUCCUGGCUGUUGUACACACAAUCAGUCAGCCAGUUUACUGGAUCUGGAUCCGAGAGUGAAAACCUGUUAUGAAAGCAUUCUCAACACCUGUUGUGACUGUGCCAUGUAAUUGGUUUUUGAAGGUGUAACCUGGUAAAGAA